UGAGCAGAUCAGAGGCCCAGCCCCAAGAAAACACAGGCUCCCCCAGCCCCAGGAGCCCUAGGGGAAAGGGCCCAGCUGGGCCAGCCCUGCAGAGACCAUGGGAUCCACAGAGACAAGGCAUCCCCCUGCUGUGUUUGACUGGUUCUUUGAAGCUGGCCGCCCCAACUCCCUGGAGGAGGAUCCCCCCAUCCUGUGGCAGUUCCCUCCAGACUUCCAGGAACAGGAAGCCAUGCAGAUGGUACCCAGGUUCUGUUUCCCCUUUGACAUAGAAAGGGAGCCUCCCAGCCCUGCUGUCCAGCACUUCACCUUUGCCCUCACUGACCUGGUGGGCAACCGCAGAUUUGGCUUCUGCCACCUGCGAGCUGGUGCAUGGAGUUGCCUCUGUAUCCUCAGCCACUUUCCCUGGUUUGAAGUGUUCUACAAGAUUCUCAAUACUGUGGGGGACCUCCUAGCCCAGAACCAAGUCAGCGAGGCUGAAGAACUCCUACAAAACCUGCAGCAACACCCACCUUUUGGAUCCCGGUUUUCAGGGGGACCAGAGAUGGAUGGCAACAUCACCAUCUGGAGUGAAUCUGGGAUCGUGCCUCCUGUCCUGGGGAAUAGCAAGCUGCUUUCUUGUUUUGUGGCUCCGGAUGCUGCCGACCUGCCAUCUAUUCCUGAGAAUAGGAACCUCACUGAGCUGGUGGUUGCUGUGACAGAUGAGAACAUCGUGGGGCUCUUCGCAGCGCUGCUAGCUGAAAGGAGGGUCUUGCUUACUGCCAGCAAGCUCAGCACUCUAACAGCCUGUGUUCACGCAUCCUGCGCUCUGCUCUACCCCAUGCGAUGGGAGCAUGUUUUGAUCCCCACACUACCCCCGCACCUGCUGGAUUACUGCUGCGCGCCUAUGCCCUACCUCAUAGGAGUCCAUGGCAGUCUCGCUGAGAGAGUUCGAGAGAAAGCCCUGGAAGAUGUUGUAGUGUUGAACGCAGACUCUAACACCCUGGAGACACCCUUCGACGACGUGCAAGCUCUGCCGCCAGAUGUGGUAUCCCUGCUGAGGCUUCAGCUAAGGAAGGUUGCACUGAGCCCCGGGGAAGGGGUGUCCCGUCUCUUCCUCAAAGCCCAGGCCCUGCUCUUUGGAGGGUACCGUGACGCCCUUGUCUGCAUCCCGGGUCAGCCAGUGACAUUCAGUGAGGAAGCUUUCUUGGCUCAGAAGCCCGGGGCGCCCCUGCAGACAUUCCACAAAAAGGCGGUACACUUGCAGCUGUUCAAGCAGUUCAUCGAAUCCCGACUGGAAAAACUCAAUGCUGGAGAAGGUUUCUCAGACCAAUUUGAGCAAGAGAUCGUUGCCUGUUGUGGAGCUUCCUCAGGCACCCUUCGGUCCUACCAGCUCUGGGUAGAUAGUCUUAAGAAAGGUAGCGAUGCACUCCUGCAUUCAAUGAAGGCUAAAACCCGACCAGCCGUCAGGAACCUGUACCGAUCGGCAAGGAGUGGCUUGAAGGGUAUGCAGAGCCUGCUCAUGAUGAAGGAUGGAGACUCUGGCCUGAAGAGGGGGGGCUCCCUGAGAGCCUCAAGCCUCACCAGCCGCUCAGACUGUCUCCAACAGCGCCUGCCUAUCAGCCAUCACUUCGGACAGAACAGGCCCCUCCGCCCUAGCAAGAGACUCAAGAUGGAGAGGGGGCCUUCUGAACCCCUGCAAGAGAGGAUCCCCACCUUGAGCCCUGGAGACACUCAGAACCCCUGGGCAGAGGACACUCUAGACGGCAGCUUUCUGGGGCCCGGAGAAGAGCUGGAUCUGCUGAGUGAGAUUCUAGACAGUUUGAGUGUCGAAACCAAGAGUGGCGGCCAGCUGAGGGCCAGCCAGAGUUUGGACUGCUGUCAGCAAGAGGCGUCAGAGAGCUGCUCCAGCCUGCCUAACAUCCCAAUCGGGUCACCAAGGCAACUGGAAGAAGACAAGAGACCCCAGGAUCCUCAGCCUUGGUCCCUGCCUGGUGACCUGUCACUUCUGCAAGACACCUCAUUUUCAGAGGUUGUAAGCUACUCAAAGAACUCCUGUUCUCAGUCACCCUCAGCUCUCUCCUUUCUGUCUACAUCUUCAGCCACUUCAGCAGAGCCCUCCAGCCAAGGGGACCUCAGGCCCUCUGUCCGCGAGCCGGAUCCUAGACCCUCACAAAGCCCUUGCUCCAGGCUCCUUACAGCCCCCACUCAGCCCAGUCCUCCAAAAAGCCCCCAACUUCUUGCCUCCACAGAGUCCAACCCUGAUGCUAUUCAGAAAUUACAACUUAUUCCGUCUCCCUCAUGCUCCCCCACUUCUGCAGAGAACCCCAGAAACCAGCCUCCCCAGAUCCUGCUGGGCCAGGAUCCUAUACAACCCCUCAAGGAGCUGGGAACCCCCACUUCUUACAUCUCUCAUGUAAGCAAGCAGCAAGGGCCCCAGGACAGGCAGCCUCGAGUUGCUGAUCUGAAGAAGUGUUUUGAAAACUAAGAUCAGGAGUGUGAGGCUCCCAACUCUCAAUAAAGCUGGGUUUUUUUCCCUGAUAAAUUUA